GAACUUUUUUACGCAUCUUUUUUUAUCUGAUCUGAUCCAAAAAUAUCUCGAUGCAGCAUCAUCCUCACACUAUCUGUCUCAAUAACAGAACAUAUUCAUGGUGGCACAUCCCCAGCUUCGCUUUCAGAUGGGAGAGAGCAGGACGAGGAAGAGGAUUGUGGGGGGUGAGGAGGUGGAGGAGAGGAGAGGAGAGGAGGGAGAUCGCUGCGGACUUGUCAUGUCAAACUUUUUUGGACCAAUAGCAACACGGCUAGGCAACGAUCUCCAAAGUCUAUUGGAGAGUGGAGCCAAUCGGCGCGUCGGAAGCGUUGGAAGUCCAGCCUCCUGAUUUCAACAGAUUGAAAUGUAAGCCUGUCUCCGGCGCCGUCAGGAAACAGAUCGAGAAUUUUGUCCCUCUUGUUCCUUAUCGCACAAGAAGAUUUUCUUGGACGCGGUUUUGGACAGUGGACACGCUGGACGCGGAGCAGGACCCACGUAGGAGGCACGAACCGGACACCGUAUUCUUCAUUUGCGGCUUUAACACGAUGGAGCCAGCCUUCGGUGAGGUGAACCAACUCGGCGGUGUUUUCGUGAACGGCAGGCCGCUCCCCAACGCCAUCCGGCUCCGGAUAGUUGAGCUGGCCCAACUCGGGAUUCGACCCUGUGACAUCAGCAGGCAGCUGCGCGUCUCUCACGGCUGCGUGAGCAAGAUCCUGGCCCGCUACAACGAGACCGGCUCCAUCCUCCCGGGGGCUAUCGGAGGCAGCAAGCCGAGGGUCACCACACCCACCGUGGUCAAACACAUACGGACAUACAAGCAGAGAGACCCGGGGAUUUUUGCCUGGGAGAUCCGGGACAGGCUACUCGCCGACGGGGUUUGUGACAAAUUCAAUCUGCCCUCCGUCAGCUCCAUCAGUCGGAUCCUGCGCAACAAGAUCGGGAAUCUGUCCCAGCAGAGCCAGUAUGAGUCGGGCAAGCAGGCGCCUCACCCACCGCCACAACCAUCGUUACCCUACAACCACUUAUACUCAUACCCGACGUCCAAAGUGCCCACUCCCCCUGGCAUGCCCACCCUUCCCGGACACAUGGCCAUGCACAGGAUAUGGCCUUCCUCGCACUCUGUAACAGAUAUUCUGGGGAUACGGUCUAUUACAGAGCAACAAAUUAGUGACAGUCCAUCCUUUUCCAGCGCCAAACUAGAAGAAUGGAGCGCUAUAAACAGGACUAAUUUCCCACCAGCAAGCUCUCCACUAGUCAAUGGCGUGGAUAAACCGCAUUUAGAACCUGAAGCAAAAUACACACAGACGCCGAAUGGAUUGCCCACAGUGAACAGCUAUGUCACAGCGCCCAGCAUCCCUCCCUACCACCCUCCCACCCAAGUGUCACCCUACAUGGGGUACAGCGCCACCACCUCGGCCUAUGUGACCGGACCCACGUGGCAGCCGGCCAGUGGCAGUGCUCUAUCUCCCCACAGCUGUGACAUUGCCACCCCUCUGGCCUUCAAGAGCAUGACAGCCAGCCGCGACGCCAUCCACCCGGUCACCGCCUCGGCGCUGUGAAGUCAGCUCCACGAGACUGAGUCGGGGUGGGGAGUGGGAGGGUGUGUGUGUGUGUGGGGGGAAAGAGACAGUGAGGACAGGAGACACCAAGUCUGUCCCCUGUGGCUUCGUUUCAUUCCCACUGCCUCCUUUUUCUAUGAAGGACUCGGCCCGCAGGACCAAUAUUCGUGCCCCCUCUCUCCACCUCCCAGCUCCUCACGCAGUCGCACCAAAGACACGCGAGGAAUAAACUGUCCAUUUUUUUUAUUUUUUUUUACUACUACAAACUCUCGUUGUCUGAAAGAACUUGCAGGAUAGGUGUACUGAAGGACUGAUGUUAUGACUGCUACUCCAUCCAUCAACACAAUUCCUCUCAGAUUCUUUUACUGCACACUUCUGCAAAUGUCUUUGGGCAAAAAAAAAAAAACGGGGUAACGUAAAACUUCACGAAUAAGCAAUCACAGAAGAGGGAAAACAACUUUGCAUUAGUGUUUCAGGGUUCUUAUUAAUUUGCUCUUUUUUUAUAUGUUUGUAUGCUUUUAUUUUGUGUUGUUCAUGUUUUGAUAAAAGCAACUGUCUUUAUGGAGCGUUGUUUUCCCCACUUCUCUAACAAAAAACAAAACAAA